UUUGCGGAGAAGACGAGAACAUUUUUCUCGCUUAUUACAUCACCGCUACAAGCACGGAGGAUUCGCUCGUGCCAUCAUUCAGUCGCGCGUACUCGAAGCCGCAGGGAUCACCGCGGGAUGUCGUCCUUCGUGUUGCAGAGGAGAUGGUGCGAUCUUUUGUGCCUGCUGUGCUACCUGAUCGCGGCCGCCGCCGACGAUAUCAGGCCCUACCAGUUCUCCUUCAACAUCGUCGAUUUUCAACACAGAUUUGAGAAGAAAGACGCCGAUGGGAUCAUUACCGGGGAAUACGGCUUUAUCACGGCCGAUGGUGUUUAUCACGAGACUGGCUACAAGACCGACAAGAAUGGGGAUUUUAUUAUCACGAGACAGAGGAGCCGGAAAAUAACGAGUUUGAAGGACGCGCAAGAGAUAUUCAAGGAUAGGCCGGAAGCGGCGAAGAAAUUAAUCGAAGCCGUGAUGAGGGCCUGCGGCGGCUGUAAAAUACCAAUAAAGCAAGAGGACGAUCGGCCGAAACCAAAGCCAGCCACGGAAAUACCGCCGCAGAGAAAGGAGCCGAUAUUGAAGCGGAUGAAGAUAUUAUCAGCUAACUUGCCUGCCAAGAAUAUCUCAGAGGAGAAAAACAAGAUUAUCAAGAAGGAAGAUGUCACUAAAAGCAUGGUACGGAAUGCGAAGAAGUUGCUGUCCGAAGAAGAUAAAGUGAACGAUGAUUUGUACUAUCAGUUUAACUAUACGAUAACGUCGCACGGCCAUCACGAGGACGGUUAUCGCAACGGAAGGAAGGAUGGUAGCUAUCGAUCUCAAAACGAAAACGGUACCGACACGCAGGUGAGGUAUCUGUCCAACGAAUUCGGGCACCAGCCCAACAUCACGUUGAUUCCGCAGACGAACGCGGCUAACAAAGAGUCCGCUCUCAAAGGAUACUCGUUUCGUUGGUACUGGUUGUAAACUUGCGAUUUUCCGUAAUGCCGAUUUUACUCUAAUCAAGAAUUAUUACAGAAUAUAUGCUAACACUUAUUUAAGUAACGUAUGCCAAGUCUAGAGAUUUGCAAUUUUCGAUUUUUUAAAGUUUAUCAUCGUUAAAAACGAAAUAAUUUACUACGCUUUAAACAAAAAAAAAUAAACAAUUUGGUGGGAGAAAAAUAAUUUGCUAUAAAAUACAAAUAUAUAUUUUAAUAUUCUCCUUUAAAAUAAUUUCUUUUUGAAAAUGUAACGUCGUUCAUUGUUUUUCAAUUAUCUCCUGGACGUGGCCUUUUUUAUAUGCACUUAUAAAAAUAUAAUUUAGAUUAAGUUACAUUUGAGAUAAAUGACAAAAAUAUUAUAAUAAAUUUUUUUUUUAAUUUA